UUGCGAAAAGUAUCUCCGUUCCAACGGGCAAAAAUGCUCGAGGUCCCGAGAUCAGAGUUUGUCCGUUCGUGGAACGGGUGCAGUUAUGUCAGUUCUGUCGCAAGCUUCGCCGCGGCCAGACGUGCAAGUGGCGUUGCUUACGCGCCGGGGUGAAACUUGCAAGCUCCCCCUUAUCGAGCUUUCAAAUGGCUGUGCCUUUUAGAUUUUGACAUUUUCUUCAUCUCCCCUUCUCCUGUUGUACACAUUUUUUUUUUAUUGCCUUUGUAUUGUUCAAGUAUAUGUAGUUCCGAUACGCCGUUUUCGCCACUAGGAAGUCAUCCCCCGACAUGCCACGAAAAAUCGGAUUCAACGUCGUAUACGCAACCAGCGAAGAGGAUAGGCACUCCUCGUUAGAAUUGAAUGUCCAUGGGCCGACGGUAAGGGGUUGGCAAAGUUCACGAAGAUGUACAUAUCCCCAAGAACUCAUUCUACGCCUACACGGCCCGACGAAGCUUACGAGAAUACAAGUGUUGGCUCAUCAAUAUUUAAUUCCUGAAAAACUUGAGAUUUGGACUUCGAGAGAGGAGAAUGCCUCUGUGACGACAGAGUUUAGCUAUCUGGGUUACAUCACGUUGUCCGAUAACGCCUCGACCAUGUACAAAAGCAGAGAGUUGAAGAGCGUUGCUCUCCCGGAAACGGAGGCGGUCUCGCUUAAACUGAGACUUCACAAACCGCACAGUAACGCGCACAAUGUUUAUCAACAGGUCGGCCUUAUCGCUAUUAAUAUUCUGGGCGAGCCUUACGGGCAAGAGCUGACCGGUCAAGGAGAUGCGCCGUACAAUCCGCAUUACACGUCCCCCUACGACGAUUUGGCGUUCGAGAUGUACGUGGACCGCGAGGUGGCCAAAAUCAUAAGGCAGAUGGAAGCGAAAAAGUUGCAGGCCGUGGAGGAGGAGAGAUUCGAAUACGCUUCGAAGCUGAAAGUGGCGAUGGAGAAUUUAAGGAAAGCCGGUGAACGCCUCGGAAAAUACGAAUUGGAGAAGAAAUACGCCAUAGCGUUGGAAGAUUACGACAAGGCAAAAGCGAAAAAGGCACAAGCGCAACAAUACAGGCAGCAAGUUUAUCAAAGUUUAGAGGUGCAAGAUCUGCUGGAGCUUCAAGGGCCGUUGGAAAAAAAUAACAAGUCGUCUGUCGAGGGAAAAGAACCUAUAUCGAUAGAUACCUGCACCUCGAACACAACCACCGUUCCUGAGGAUAUUACGUCACCUCCGAGAUUGGUAAUUCCACCUAAUCGCGAUGGAGCUAUAUCGCCGACUGGUCCCGCGCAUCAACCACCUGUUUCACCUUUGCAUCAAAAACCGAAUAGCCCUGAAGUGACCGAUAGUCCGACGAACGGUGUGAUAGAAAGACAGAAUAACUGUAACAAAGGAUCUCUUAGAAGGAAAACGAAAUCGGCAGGGCCGACGCUUCGCUCAAGCUACGAAGCUUACGAAGAGAGAACGAUUCCUGCUUUAAGACAUUCUCAUACGAACGAAUUCACGAGGGAAUGCCACAUGGACAAUUCGGAGACGAAGGUGAUAUCGAAGUUAAACGACAGAGAGAAAAAGCAAGCUGCCUUACCUAUCGCUGUUUUUGGAAUGGAAAUGGUAGAGAAAUUCUAUUCGAAACAAUUCACGGAUAAGGAAGAGGGUCUGAUGCAAUUGAAAGAAGAAUUAAAAACCUUUGAUCCAGAAGUUUCGAAACAUUCCGCGAAUAAAACGGCCAGAGCUACGAUUUUGUUGUUACACAGAGCCCUUAGGGACAAAGUUUUCAGCGUAUACAGUCUAGCUGCACAAUUGAUUAGAAUUUUUUUUUCAGAAUUUGCAACUAGGGUAUCUUCUACGGAGAUUGCGAGAAGUGUGGAGAGAUUACUCCCAGAAUUAUUGACUAAAUCAGGGGAUACCACUCCAAGGAUUCAUAACAUGGCAGUGCACACGAUACUCAGUAUGGCAGAUUGUAAAUGUGUCCGAGAAUUGCAUAUUAUACCAGUGCACUUAACGAGACCUGUUAGUAGUAGCACUCAUCAAAGAUUGGCACUGAGUAGGUUAGAAAUGGUGGAGCAGUUAAUUCUCAGCCAUGGAAUAUCUACUGAUAAACAAAGGCAUUGUAAUUGUUGUAGUGGGCUCACUUGUCGAACAUUGUCAGAAUUGGGUUCUACGGGAUUGCAUCAUCCGGCAGAAGCAGUGAGAAAAGUUUCGGAAAGAAUUUUAGUAUUGGUGUACAAAGUGAACCCUAGAUUGGUUCGCAAACAAUUGCCUCCUGACGAUGAUAUUACCAGGAGAAAUUUAUUGUAUCGUCAACUUUUUCAUGAAUUUGAUUUGAUUGAUCUUGAGAGAAAAAAAGAAAUAGAAGCCAGUCACAAAACGACGACACCCACACGGACAAAAUCAACGGAAAAUAACGUGGCAAAUUUAACGAAAUCUCCUUCGAGGACAAGUCCUGUUGUUAGUACUGGAAGCUCAACAAGUAUAACAUCUCCGUCCGAGAAUAGUACAGAACAUAAAGGUGACAAAAUGUGCAUAUUUUGUCUUUCGAAAGGACAAGGAUAUUCCGAAGAAGGAUUAAACAUUCAUUAUUGGAGAAGUUGUCCUAUGUUAACGAAAUGUGAAGCAUGUAAACAAGUGGUGGAAAUUUCGUAUUUGAACUUACAUUUGUUAAAUGAAUGUGAUAUGAGAAGCAAUUACGUAAAAUGCGACACAUGUAAGCAAGCUAUCCAUGAAAAUUCCUUUGAGGAACAUAGAAAGGAUAACAAGUGUACAAAAUUAUUAUUUACAGAACCUAUCGAAGGCUACGAUCGUUGUCCAUUGUGCUCUACUCUUGUCAAUCAAAAUAAAUGGAGGGAGCAUCUGAUGGGUGAUCAUCCCUGUGUGAACAAUCCUCGAAAUAAAUUAGGAAAAAGCUGUUCAAAAUCUCCAUCAAAUUCUCAGAACCUCAGUGGGAAAAUAACCACACCAACUAAUAGAGAUUACUAGCGUCAACCAUCAACUUCGAGUCUUUCGGAGUUUAAAAAAUUUUAGAGAAGAUUUUUCUUUUGUUUUUUUUUUUAUAGUUUAUCUGUAUGUUAUGGGCUACCCAACAUUUUUCAUAUUUAUACUUAUAUUUAAAUGUUUUUUAUAGAAAAACCCGUCCUUUAUUAGUAGAAAUCUCUAUGUUAAACAAAUUUUGAAUCCUCUUAAUCUAGAAUCUAAUAAUCUUGUUAUCAACUAAAUUUGAGAAUGAAAAUCUAACGCAUAAUGUAAUUUAAAGCGAAUAUCAACAA